CAACAAGGGGCAGGACAACCUGGACAAGCACCUGGCGCUAAAUUCAGAUGACGAUCAUGGACGAGCCGAAUAUCAGUACUGAUGAACCGAAACAACACCGAAGCCCAUUUUUAUGUAUUUCGACCUCCACUGCGAGAGAAGUGAGUUUUUAUUUCAUUAAAGACCGAGUGAGACGCCGACAGAAAAGCUACACAAGCAUAAAGAGGACACUGAAAGAAGUUUGGGAUGGCUCAAAACGCUCUGUUUCAGAGGGCGUUCUAACACCGGUGAUUUGUGAUGUCACAGAUCGGAGGGCUUCCUUAAAUGGGCGUGCAUUGAAGUGUUUCUUCAGGUGUAAGGGAAAGCUACAUUUGUCUACAAUUCCUGAUGACGCCACCAUCAGGAAAACUUGCUGAAGCCCGACGCCUUUCCAACGUUACUUGGUCGUGUGGAAGAGUUAGAAGAACAAACAGUGAGGCCUGAGCCGCCGCUGGGUGCCUGACUGCAAAGAACACACAGACGGCAGGAUGGCGCUCCCUCUCACACUCCGGCCUUCACAUCAACGUUCAUGAUGAAGGUCGAGAUGUUCCAGGAUUGCAGACGUGAACAUUAUGGAGCGUUUUUGGGGUUAAAUGAAGGACGAAGUUGGAAGAUGAAACCAACGAAUCUUCAAAAAGUCUGUCACGUGGCAGGCGAGCCUCCAGCCAAUCAGGGAGCAGCUGGCGACUGCGGGGACCAACAACCGUCUGGUGCUGAUGAUGUGGAGUAGAGUUCUAGCAAGUGGCCAAGCACAGCAAGACGGGGUCUUCUCCCGGACCCUCCAUGCAGAUUUAAAGUUCCUGCUCCACGAUGGUUCCGUCCGUCACUCGACUCUGCCGCAGUGUGGCUCUCUCGACCUGGCUCGUCUCCUCCCUGUGCUCCGUGCACCUGUUGUGUUUGGACUUCACGGUGGCGGAGAAGGAGGAGUGGUACACCGCCUUCGUCAACAUCACCUACCUGGACCCAGUCACCUCUCAGAUCCGCACCGAGAAGACCGAGUGCGGCCGCUACGGCGAGCACUCCCCCAAGAGGGAAGCCGCGGGGCUGGUCCUGGUCGCCUCCCUGCCGGAGGAGCGACAGAUGUGCAAACCGAGCGCCCGUUUCCCACCCGUGUCUCGAACCGCUGUCGCCUGGGUGGCGCUGGUGGCGGCGGGGAACUGCACGUACCGCGAGAAGAUCCGUAACGCGGCCGCCCUGAACGCCUCUGCCGUGGUCGUGUACAAUGUGGGCUCCAGCGGUACAAACGACACCAUCACCAUGCCCCACUCAGGUACAGGCGACAUAGUGGCCAUCAUGAUCCCAGAGCACAAAGGUCGGGAGAUUGUGGCCCUGCUGGAGCAGCACGUCACCGUUACGUUGCACAUCACUGUAGGAACGCGCAACCUGCAGAAGUAUGUGAGCAGAACCUCGGUAGUCUUUGUCUCCAUCUCCUUCAUCAUUCUCAUGAUACUCUCCCUCGCCUGGCUUGUCUUCUACUAUAUCCAGAGAUUCCGCUAUGCUAAUGCCCGAGACCGCAACCAGAGGCGUUUGGGAGAUGCUGCCAAAAAAGCCAUCGGGAAGCUUCAAGUCCGCACCAUUAAGAAAGGAGACAAGGAGACCGACUGCGACUUUGACAGCUGCGCUGUGUGCAUUGAGGCCUACAAGCCCAAUGACGUUGUCAGGGUGUUGCCAUGCAGACAUGUCUUCCAUAAGCACUGUGUGGACCCUUGGCUGCAUGACCACCAGACUUGCCCCAUGUGUAAAAUGAACAUACUCAAAGCCUUGGGAAUCUCUCUCCAUGCAGACUACUCCAGUGAGAUGCCCCCAGACUACGAGAUGUCGGUCGGGGGUCCAUCCACCAACCCCAUCACCGAAGCCAGUGAAGUCACCGUCAACGAGACCGCCGUAGUGCUGGACCCGCUGGAAAGUUCGACAGGCCCAUCUCAGCGAAGUCCAGAUGUGGAGAUAGCGCCUCAGGCUGAGGAAAACUACAUAAUUUCCAGUAGUGAGCACCAGCUGCCUCUCAGCAGUGACUCGGACUCCUCGCUCAACGUGACUGGGCGGGACCCGUGCGCGGAAAGGGAGCACGACGGGAUCGGGACGGGAUGCGUGGGACAAAUUAAAGGAAGGCACCUUAUGGAAGAGGAGGACCGGAGCAGAACCACAUGACUGGAGCGGCUUUGAGUAAUACGACGCAUCUGUUGGACACGUUGCUUUGUCUCACUGAACUGUCUUUGACGACGGAGACACCCCAUCGUUAUUUACUCCACAUAGUGACGCCUAUGAAGGACGUUGGACUCGAAGGAUACAAGAAGGUGCAACAGACCCUCACUCUCAUGUCUGGAGCUCUAAUGAAUGAUACUCAAUGACGUUUCCUUCAAUAUCACUGCCAGGUUUUUUUUUCCUAUUGAAUGUAAGAUGGCCGACAUUUAGAUUGAGAGAUUUAGCCGCAUGCUGAAUCAUCCUAAUUAUCAAUGAAUACAAGAAAUAUGAAGCUAAUUAAAAACACUACGCUGUUUAGUUAUUACUGUCGCUUUAAUGGUGGGAGCAGAUCCUUCAACAUGCUCAAGGAUACGACGUGUGGUUAUGCGUAGUUUGUGAUUGCCGACUGUGUGUGUGUGUGUAUAGGCCAAUGAGGAUGGCUCCAUGCAGAGGAGGACAGGUGAGUUUGCUGAUGUUGUUUUGGUGCGGUAGCCUGUUUCAGUAGUUUGUUGAUCAACAACUUCCUCCUCGUUCCUACAUCUUUCAUGACGGCCUUGACAGUCGAGGGCUCAGACCAAAAGUAUGGCCAAUAUUGGUGGCUGUUUCUUCUUCUCUCUGAACUUUUUAUGACGUUCAUUUUCACUUCCAUUUUUUUCCCUUUUUUUUGGCUAAUUGUUUAUGGCCAAAGUUUUGAAUUAAUUUAUGGCAGCACGUUGGUAACCACAACAUGUCAAAAUAUAACUUAUAAACAUAAACUGAGGACCAUGUGUAUAAUGUUAUUCAAUGCAGUGCAGCGCUACUUACUGUUCCUGUGUAAACCUGUUGCACUUUAUCCCUCCAGCAACUAUGAGAAAAAAACAAUGUCUUUUUUUUUGGCUGUUGUGAUGAGUUGAAGACUUGUGUAUUUUCUCUUGUGCACAGUAGAUAAGAGGGAAUACUCUAUUGCACACUAUCCGGCAGCGAUAUAAGAACAUUUGCUAUUUUCCUAUUGUUGAACAGUUGUGUGUUGUAUGAUGUAGCAACUGUCAUUGGUAACCUCGAUGCAUGUUUGAAUAAAAUUCAUGUUGUUUUCAACCUA